UCCGAGCCCCACAACCAGCCCCUUCCCCGCUCCGGCCCGGCGCUCCCAUUGGCCGAGGCUCGCAUCAGUCAGAGGCCGGACCCAUCUCGCGCUCUCCAUUCAUGCAGUUUGGUUGAGUCUAUUCAGGUUCAACUAUGCCCAAAAGAAAGGCUGCAGCUGAAGGUGAGGUAAAGGAGGAGCCAAAGAGACGAUCGGCUAGGUUAUCUGCAAAACCUGCUCCACCUAAACCAGAGCCAAAGCCAAAAAAGGCAGCACCCAAGAAAGAAAAAGGAGCAAAUGAUAAAAAGGAGGACAAAAAGGUAGCAAAAGGGAAGAAGGGAGCCAAAGGAAAAGAUGAAACUAAGCAAGAAGAUGCUAAAGAAGAAAACCACUCUGAGAACGGGGAUACCAAAACUAACGAGGCACCAGCUGCUGAAGUAUCUGAUGAUAAGGAAGCCAAGUCCGAGUAGCAACCGUUGCCCUGUUCAUUUCCAUCAUACGGUAUCCAUACCUCCAUACUGUAUUGUCAAGAGAGGAAUAUUUUUAUCAACUAUUUUAUAAAUGCAGGUUUUUUUAGCAUGAAUUUAAUCAUGGAACAUCUUCAUCUCGGUUACUUGGGACUUAAAACAAACAAAAAAUCUUUUGUUUUUAAAUUUUUGUGAUUGUCAUAGUUUGUAUGGUACCUGGAAAGAAUCAGUGGUGGUAGCUAUUGACUUCUGUCAGUAUAUAAUCCCUUUGUGUGUAAGUCAGGCAGACUUUCAGAUUUUAAUUUCACCCUUGUUACGUGUUGUACGGUUUCUUAACGUGGGGAGGUCUCCAAAAAUACACACACAUACACAAAAUAAUUGCGUCAGACAUUCCGGUGGUUCUGUGGGUUGCUUUUAUAAAGAAGGUGAGAUAUUUUCAUGAAAAAUCCUAAGAAGCUGGAAAUCUUGUUGUAUCCCAAAUGUAGUUUUAUUUUGUCACAUUUUGGAGAAGAAGAAUAAUGCGGGGUGGGGGGAAGCGUAAUCGUGUUUUUAAAUGAAAUACAAAAAAUUCUUUUAGAAAAAAAAGGGGCAGGUUGGCUGAAUAAACCCACUGUUAGGAAUUUUGCUGGAUUUAUCUUAAUAAAAAAAAGACUCCUCGAAAGAAGCAUUGCAGGUUU